AUGAUGGAAAACAAUGAUACAGACUCAGCUGUAUCAAUUAUCAAGAAGUAUUUGGAAGAUAUGAAUAAUCCACUGCACAUUGCUGUCACAGGAAGGAGUGGAACUGGAAAGUCCACCUUUGUUAAUGCCUUCAGGGGGAUAGACAACAAAGAUGAGAGAGCGGCCCCUACUGGUGUUGUGGAAACGACCAUGAAGCCUGAGCCUUACCCACAUCCAAGACACCCCAAUGUUACAUUAUGGGAUCUCCUGGGAGUUGGAACCCCCAACUGCCCAGCUGAUCAGUACAUGAAGUACGUUGAGUUUGAAAAGUUUGAUCUUUUUAUCAUUGUAUCAGCUGGUCACUUCAGAGAGCAUGAUGCCAUGCUGGCUAAGGAGAUCAAGAAAAUGGGCAAGAAGUUAUUCUUUGUCCACUCUAAGAUUGACCGCAAUCUACGUGAUGAAGAAAGGAGGCAGUGGGAUUACGAUGAAGAAAAGACACUUCAGGAAAUCAGGGACAACUGCAUUCAAGGACUUGAAAAACAGGGUGUGGCGUCUCCUCAGGUCUUCCUGGUGUCUAGUUUUGAUCUCCAUUUGUACGACUUCCGCGCCCUCCAGGAGACCAUGGAGAGAGAGCUUCCUUCACACAAGAGAAAUGCUCUGAUCCCUAAGGAUAUUCCAGUGAACAUUGCAAUCACAGGAAGGAGUGGAACUGGAAAGUCCACCGUUGUUAAUGCCUUCAGGGGGAUAAAAAACACAGAUGAGGGAGCGGCCCCUACUGGUGUGGUGGAAACUACCAUGAAGCCUGAGCCUUACCCGCAUCCAAGACACCCCAAUUUUACAUUAUGGGAUCUCCCGGGAAUCGGAACCACCAAAUUCCCAGCUGAUCAGUACCUGAAGUACGUUGAGUUUGAAAAGUUUGAUAUUUUUAUCCUUGUAUCAGCUGAUCGCUUCACUGAGGCUGAUGCCAAGCUGGCUCAAGAGAUCAAGACAAUGGGCAAGAAUUUAUAUUUUGUCCGCUCUAAGAUUGACCAGAAUCUAAAAGCUGCGCAAAAGAGUCAGAGGGAGUACGAUGAAAAGAAGACACUUCAGAAAAUCAGGGAAAACUGCAUUGAAGGACUUGAAAAACAAAAUGUGGCAUCUCCUCAGGUCUUCCUGGUGUCUAGUUUUCAUCUCCACUUGCACGACUUCCGCACCCUCCAGGAGACCAUGGAGAGAGAGCUUCUUUCACUCAAGAGAAAUUAUCUGAUCUAUAAUGAUCUUCCACUGCACAUUGCUGUCACAGGAGAGAGUGGAACUGGAAAGUCCACCUUUGUUAAUGCCUUCAGGGGAAUAGACAACAAAGAUGAGAGAGCGGCCCGUACAGGUUUUGUGGAAACGACCAUGAAGCCUGAGCCUUACCCGCAUCCAAGACACCCCAAGGUUAAAUUAUGGGAUCUCCCGGGAAUUGGAACCACCAAAUUCCCAGCUGAUCAGUACCUGAAGUACGUUGAGUUUGAAAAGUUUGAUUUUUUUAUCCUUGUAUCAGCUGAUCGAUUCACUGAAAAUGAGGCCAUGCUGGCUCAGGAGAUCAAGACAAUGGGCAAGAAUUUAUAUUUUGUCCGCUCUAAGAUUGACAACAAUCUAGAAGCUGCGCAAAGGAGCCAGAGGGAGUACGAUGAAGAAAAGACACUUCAGGAAAUCAGGGAAAACUGCAUUCAAGGUCUUGAAAAACAGGAAGUGGCGUCUCCUCAGGUCUUCCUGGUGUCUGGUUUUGACCUCCAAUUGUAUGACUUCCCCGCCCUCCAGGACACCAUGGAGAGAGAGCUUCCUUCACACAAGAGAGAUGUUCUGAUAUUAACCCUUUCCAACGUCUGCAAAAGCAACAUUCAAAAGAAGAAAGAGGUUUUCCGUUCACAAAUUUGGCGCUAUGCUAUAACGUCUGCAGCUGUAGCAGCUGUACCUAUCCCAGGGAUUUCCAUUGCUGCUGAUGUAGGCAUUCUGGUCAAGGUUCUUCGGGACUAUUUGUUUGGGUUUGGUCUUGAUGAAAAGUCGCUGGAAAAACUUUCCAGGGAUACAAAUAUACCAUUAGAUGAUAUAAAGCCAGUGUUGAAAUGUCUUUGUUCUGGAAAGAAUGUAACUAAUGAGCUGGUUGUCUGCAAUCUGGAUCAUUGGUAACAGCAGCUUUAGCAGCAGAGGAAGGUUCCCGAUGGAUCCCUUUUAUUGGAAUCCCAAUAGCUAG